UUUUUCGGUACAACAGCGAAGGAGUGAAGACUACCUGAGUAUUGUUGUGCAAAUCUUUAGGCAUCGGCCCUAAUUUUUAUUGUUUUCUGUUAUUUGGUGAGUCCAUUUAACGCAUCCAGUUAUAUAUCAGUUUUUGUGGCUGGUAGUUUCCUCCUCUUGGCCCUCUAACCUUAACCAUGGGGGACUCUUCGGGGGGCGAGGGCCCCCCGACGGUUAGUGCAGCACAAGAAAAUGACAGUUUAUCCAAUGAUUCUCAAAAUCGUCCGUUGAACGGCAUUAUUUGUAACAUUUUGCCACCGGAUUGCAAAAAAACUGCUGAAGAUAUUUCCAGGCUCCAGUAUUUUGAUGUGCCCUCAGGGAAGAGUUGUCAAAGUUAUCGGCAGAGAUCCAGAUUAUCAAGAAUCAGUUCGAGCAAGACGCUGAAAUCCUGCGGGAAGUUGCCAAAAUCUCCGCAAACAUAAGAAGGACAGUAAAUCGGAAAACAAAAUAUGAAAUCACCGAUCAGGGGCCUUUUAUGGUGAUUCUGGAGGGGAUUACAAGUAAGGUGGGGACUCUUCAUCCUAUGAACUUUGGGAAGUUAGUUCAAGUGCAGAGAGUUCAAGGUAUAUUGAAAAUUUCUAGAAAAGGAGCCAAUAAAAUCGGUUUGGAGUUUAACACCUCUGAGUCUGCAAAUAAAUUUUUAUCUAAUGAAUCAUAUUUGACAGCUGGUGGGUAUAAUAAGUAUAUACCUCAAAGACUAGUCACUUGCCGAGGGUUGGUGAGGGACAUUGGUAACUUAAUUGAUGAGGAUGAUUUUUACUCUGAGGCAGAAGCCAAGGUUAAUAUCGGAAGAUCGCUAAAGCGCGUUAAGAUUGUUAAUGUUCGCAGACUAACUAAAAGGGUCAAAUGCCCAGGUGUUCUGCCUGGCACUUUUGGUUUCAAGACAGUUCCAUCUAAUGAUUAUAUAAUAACAUUUGAGGGUAAAACUCUUCCAGAAUCAAUCUGUAUCUAUAAAAAUGAGUGUUCAAUCGAAAAAUAUGUUAGUCCUGUUGUCUUAUGUAUGAAUUGUUGCAGGUUUGGUCAUUGGAAAAACCAAUGUAAAAGCAAGGGUAGAUGUAGUUUCUGCGCUGGAGAUCAUCCAGUAUUUCAUUGUGAACUGAAAGAACAGUUUUAUAAGACGAAACCAUGCCCGACAGACCACUUAAAUCAUGAAGGUAAAUGCAGCCUGGGUAAUUGCGAAAUAUCUCCAAAGCCAACUUGCAUCCACUGUAAAGGCUCUCAUCAGGCCACUGAUAGAUCAUGUCCAGAAAUGGACAGACAGAAGAAAAUCAAUGAGGCUAUGGCAUGGUACAACUUAUCCUUUUUUGAAGCGGCCAAACUCUUUCCAAGAGGCCCCAAAUCAAUUAGAAUUUCAAAAGAAGAACUCCUUCGCUGGAGAAGAUCCGAAAACUCGACAUUUAGAACUUCUGAGAUUAGUCUCCUUCGCUGGAGAAGAUCCGAAAAUCCUCGACAUUUGGAACUUUAAAGUUUAGUCUCCUUCGCUGGAGAAGAUCUGACAAUCCUCGACAUUUGGAACUUCAAAAAUCAGUCUUCUUCGCCAGAGAAGAUACGAAAAUCCUCGACAUUUAGAACUUCAAAAUUCUGUCUCCUUCCUGGAGAAGAUCCGAGAAUCCUCGACGGAAGUCGGCAAUGGGCGAAUGAUCCUGGUAGUCGUGCCCAACAGCUAUCUGUGAAACGCAUCAUUGAAUUGAAUUGAAUUGGAACUUUGUAAAACUUCAUCGGUCUUUCUUUCUUUGGCUCUACGAUUUCCGCCGGUGCAAGUGGUUGCAAGAUUUCAAUCCGAAUAAGUUUGUGGCAUCUCGUAGUUUUCGAGGAUUAAACCGGAUUGAAAUCGUAUAGAAGUUCCGGAUCGUCGUCUUGUUGGUAGUAUUUUACUUGGACGUCCCCAACAUUACAGCUUAGGCUGGAUUAAAGCUAACCAACGUAGCACCUGGCACUCUUCACCGCCACCCACGAUCAUCAGGCGGUUUUUUGGUUCUGGUUUUUGGUUUUGGAUUUGGUCUUCCUUUUGGAACCAGUUUUUGAUUGUUGGACUGGUUUUGGCUUCCCAUUUGGUACUGGCUUCCCCAGUUCCAGUUCAAUUGGAUUUGGUGCCUCCUUACAUCGUGGACGGCACGUGUUAUGAAUUCUGCAACCCAAGAAUUCUUCAAGUCUUCAAGUUUGCUCGGUUCAGGACGUUGCAGUGCAUAUCUCCUCGUCCAAGAGUGAUAAGCAUUCGUGCCUAUCCCACUGACUGGUGAACCCGUAGGCAGUAUACAGGACAGCCAUCUUAGAGCUUGCCCGACUCGUUCGUUGCUGGUAACUGGAGGAUCACAGAUAAGCCUCUAUUUACGUUUCGGUUAAUUUUAUUCCUAUUAAAUACAAAUUUCAAUUUUUAAAUAUCAAUAUAAAUUAAAGAGCUCAGUUAAGGUAAAGAUAAAGUACCCAAUUAUAGAAACAUUUGUUUGUAAGAGUUAUUUGUAAACGAUCGAUCGUAACCAAGCUUCCUGUGCUUAGUGUGUACUUGAGCCAAUAUAUGGAGAUUUAAACUGACGUGCCGGUUUAUUUAUUAAUUAUUUAUUUGGUUUUUGGUUAUUUGGGUUCGAACUUUGUUAACUUUGUGAGUUUGUUGGGUGGCUAGUGAGCAAGGACACUAGUCACUAUCACUAACUUACAGUAUAGGUUGGGGUUUUGUCCUAGCUGGCGCCCCGGUUUCCAACCUUUGAUUUAUUUACUUUCUUUUUUAUACCCCGCCCAUAUUUUGAGAAACU